CGUAUCCGGUCUAAUCGGUUACGUCGUCUACGCGCCCGCCGUCGUAGCUCCCCCAUGCCCUCGCAGGGAGAAUGUCCUGUGUGCAACGCUACUCUGCCGAUGUCCAAACUCCAACGGCACGCGUUGCGUUGCCUGAAGAGAACUGGGGCACAGAUGGAUGAAGAUGUGCCAGACACCAGCUCCGAAGAUGGCAGUAUCGACGUGGAGAAUGACGAACCAUCAGCUGGUGGGUUCGGUGCAGAGUACCAGUGGUGUGGUGAAUGGAGAAUUCGGGCCACAGCCCUACAAGACUCCGAAGCUAGGGCUGCCACUUGCGUUAGACGAGCUUCCAAUGAUCAAGCACUAGUGGUGGACGGUGACGAAGAUACUGAGCUAUAUGGUCCACCUCAAUAUUCUCCAACGCGGAUAGCACCUGAAGUUAGUACAGUCAUGUGUAUUUUAUUUAAUAAUAACCAUUUAUUUCAGUCA